AUGAGGGAGCUUAACGGAGUUUCUACCACCAUCGAGAACAAUGGAGUAAUUGUGGCCAAGAAGAAGUCCGAAAACGGCAACGGCCACGAGAACUGCACCUUCCACCAUGACCUCGAGCUGGACCACAGACCACCCACCAGGGAGGCACUUCUCCCCGACAUGGCCAACUCUUACAGACUUUUGCUCACAGGUCUUGGUGAGGACCCUGAGAGAGAGGGUCUGCUGAAGACACCUGAGCGUGCUGCUAAAGCUAUGCUCUUCUUCACCAAGGGAUACGACCAGAGCCUUGAAGAGGUCCUAAACAAUGCCAUAUUUGACGAGGAUACUGAUGAGAUGGUGGUUGUGAAGGACAUCGAGAUGUUCUCCAUGUGUGAGCAUCAUUUGGUGCCAUUCUACGGAAAGGUGUCCAUUGGAUACCUGCCUCAGGGCAAGAUCCUCGGUUUGAGCAAGCUGGCUAGGAUCGUGGAGAUCUUCUCCCGUCGUCUCCAAGUCCAGGAGCGCCUGACCAAGCAGAUCGCUGUAGCUGUGACUCAAGCUGUCCGCCCGGCUGGUGUAGCCGUUGUUAUUGAAGGAGUGCACAUGUGCAUGGUGAUGCGAGGUGUGCAGAAGAUCAACAGUAAGACUGUCACGUCCACGAUGCUGGGAGUGUUCCGCGAUGAUCCGAAGACCAGGGAGGAGUUCCUUAACCUCGUGCACUCCAAGUGA